GGCUAUAUAUUAUAUAUAUUGUAUAUAUAUAAAGCAAGCAAAACCCAAGUUUGUGUGGCCUCUCUCCUUACAGAAGUAGCUCUUGCCUCUACGCUUUAGCGAUCGGUCAAGUGUGUGUGUGUGAGAGAGAGAGACCCCUUUUUCUGGGUUAGGUUUUCGUUUUUGCUUUAUUCUCUCUUUUAGAUAAGCUAUGGCUGGUGAUGGUAUUGCUACCAAUGAUUUGUCUAUGAAGAGACCCAGAGAAGAAGAAGAAGAACAACAAGAAGCAAAUGGGGUCUCAGUUUCCUCGAUUGUUUCUAUGGAGACUGAUGCGACAAAACAACCUAAUUCAAUCUCAACCGUCAUACCUGGGUGGUUCUCUGAGAUUAGCCCAAUGUGGCCUGGAGAGGCACACUCCUUGAAGGUAGAGAAGAUUUUAUUUCAGGGGAAGUCUGAUUAUCAGGAUGUGAUGGUUUUCCAGUCAUCAACCUAUGGAAAGGUUCUUGUUUUGGAUGGAGUGAUCCAGCUCACAGAGCGGGAUGAAUGUGCCUACCAAGAAAUGAUCACUCACUUACCCUUGUGCUCAAUUCCAAACCCCAAAAAGGUUUUAGUUAUUGGUGGAGGAGAUGGUGGAGUCCUUAGGGAAGUUGCUCGCCACGCCUCUGUCGAGCAAGUGGAUAUAUGUGAAAUUGACAAAAUGGUGGUUGAGGUGUCUAAAGAGUAUUUCCCUGAUGUGGCAGUUGGAUACAAUGAUCCACGGGUGACACUUCACAUUGGUGAUGGAGUUGCAUUUUUAAAGGCUGUUCCAGAAGGAACUUAUGAUGCGGUUAUAGUGGAUUCUUCUGAUCCAAUUGGUCCUGCUCAGGAGCUUUUUGAGAAACCAUUCUUUCAGUCAGUAGCAAGGGCCCUUCGUCCUGGAGGAGUCGUCUGUACUCAGGCUGAGAGUAUAUGGCUCCACAUGCACAUAAUUGAGGAUAUUGUUGCAAACUGCCGCCACAUAUUUAAGGGAUCAGUUAAUUAUGCAUGGACCACAGUCCCUACAUACCCAAGUGGUGUUAUUGGUUUUAUGCUAUGUUCUACCGAGGGACCAGAUGUUGACUUUAAACACCCUGUGAAUCCGAUUGAUGAACAAGACGAUUCUGGAAGACCCUUGAAAUUUUACAAUUCCGAGAUUCACACGGCUGCUUUCUGUUUACCGUCUUUUGCGAAGAGGGUGAUCGAGUCCGAAAAAUAAGGGGAAAAAGCUUUUGACACAUGCUGCUCAUUUCUAUUGAGGUGAAGUGGUUUUCUUGGCAGUGAACCAAGAAAUAAUAAGUUGAGAUUCAAAUUGAUGUCUGCAUUUGUUAGUUAGCAUUAGAAAUAGUAACCUCUUAAUUUUGAUGAAUUUAGAUAAUGUUUGUAUUUUUUUUUUUGGGUUUCUCAUUGGUAUUAAGAGUUCAAGUUCAGAAACUUUGCUGUGAUCUUUAGUUUACACAGCCCUCCAAGAGAGAUAUUGAUCCUAUUAUUAUGGGGUGAUCAUUUGAUUCAAAAAUCAUAUCAAAACACAUUUUGUUCCUCUA